AGCUUCCCAAGAUAUAUUUGACGAUUUCCAACUGAGCUUUCAAAGUACCAAAGUCACUGAAUGUGUAUGCCCCCCAGAGGUCAUUCAGAUAUCAACUCGUUUGCGCCCAUCAGAUUGGCAUAGUGUCACCAGUCCGAAGUAAUGACGUCGAACAAUGCCGCCGCCACGAUUGCUUCCCUCCGAACCUCAGCUCUUCCAGCGCUCACCGGAUUGAUGGGUACCAUGGGCAUCGCAACUGGGCUGUACAGCUUGAGGGCUCCUGUCAACGCCGAGACACUGUUUGGCAUCCUCGUCCCGGCUCCGGUCACUGCAUCCAAAGAACUUUCAACCUGGCAAAAAGCGCAGACCUACACCCGGGGCCUCAGGAACUUGGCUGGUGGACUGUCUAUCGUCGGGAUUACUGUGUUUUGGCGCUUCUCCUCGUUGUGCCAGUCGUCGCCAGUGGCCGCGCUGACAGCCAAGAGAUGCCUGGGGAUCAUCUUCUUGACGGGUAGCAUUAUCGGGGGAGGAGAUGGUCUUGUCAUCCGCCAGUUCGCUCAAGCGGAGGGCACCUCAGAGGAAGCAAGCGAGGUUGGCAAGCAGGCGGGUAUGGGACAUCUGGUCAUGGCGCUGCCGAUUCUGGCUCUCGGGCUCACUUGUUUCUUCAUAUGAGCGGCCUCUAGGCGCGCAGGCUCACACAUCUGGGGGUCAAGGUCGAACUCAUUGACCGCUGUAUUAGUAUAUUUCACGAGACAUCUCCCCCUCACCAGACAAAAAGGAUCAUGAACCAUACUGUCCUG